UCCCAAGUCGCCGUACACUUCCUGGUCGCUCCAACGAACCAACCCACACACACACAGAUCUAGCUCUCUUCAAUUCUCUUUCGCUCUCUAAGACCUCGGGUCAUAUUCGAUAUCGAAACCGACCCGGAUCCAUGGGCGUGCCUUCGUUUUAUCGGUGGCUGGCCGACAGGUACCCGCAGUCGAUCGUGGACGUGGUGGAGGAGGAGCCGCGCGGCGAGAACGGUGUGGUCGACGUGUCGAAGCCGAACCCUAAUGGCAUGGAGUUCGACAACAUGUACUUAGACAUGAAUGGGAUCAUCCACCCUUGCUUUCACCCCGAGGGCAAGCCUCCGCCUACCACCUAUGAUGAUGUAUUCAAAUCAAUAUUUGAUUACACUGACCAUCUAUUCUCAUUAGUUCGUCCAAGGAAGCUUCUUUAUAUGGCAAUUGAUGGGGUUGCACCAAGAGCUAAAAUGAAUCAACAACGUUCUCGGCGCUACAGAGCUGCAAAAGAUGCAUCUGAGGCAGAAGCUGAAGAGGAAAGGUUGAGGAAAGAAUAUGAGGCCGUGGGGAGAAAUUUGACCCCUAAAGAAAAGCCUGAAACUUCUGAUUCAAAUGUCAUUACUCCCGGAACUCAGUUUAUGGUGGCGCUUUCAGUAGCGCUUCAGUACUAUAUACAUUCUAGGUUGAACCACAACCCAGGCUGGCGGUAUACAAAGGUUAUUCUUUCUGAUUCAAACGUGCCGGGCGAGGGCGAACACAAAAUCAUGUCAUACAUUCGAUUGCAACGUAACCUUCCUGGUUUCAACCCAAACACUCGGCAUUGUCUAUAUGGUCUGGAUGCAGAUCUGAUUAUGCUAUCUUUAGCUACACAUGAGGUUCACUUUUCUAUAUUAAGAGAGGUAGUUACACUGCCCGGGCAUCAGGAGAAGUGUUUUCUCUGUGGCCAAGUUGGUCAUCUGGCAGCUGAAUGUCGUGGUAGGCAAGGUGGUGGGGAUCAGAAUGCAGUAGAUGACACACCAAUUCACAAAAGGAAAUAUCAGUUCAUCAAUCUCUGGGUGUUGCGAGAAUAUCUGCAAUAUGAUUUGGAGAUUCCCAACCCUCCAUUUGAGAUUGACUUUGAACGAAUACUAGAUGAUUUUGUAUUUCUGUGUUUUUUCGUUGGCAAUGACUUUCUUCCACAUAUGCCAACAUUGGAGAUCAGGGAGGGUGCUAUAAAUUUACUGAUGCAUAUUUAUAGAAGUGAGUUUGCUGCAAUGGGUGGUUAUCUUACUGAUGCGGGUGAGGUUGAAGGUGAGCUCUAUCAACAGAUAUAG